UUACGGUUAUGUCGCAGAUUGAUGGGCCUUAUUGGGCCGCGGGUAAGAGAGUUAUAAGGUCCGAAAGUUACGGAUACUCACCUUUUUCGAGACGGAUAACGAGUAUCAGAUAGCCCAUAAUGCAGGGGUAUAAUCGUAAAUCUUUUUAAAGCUAUAUUUCAAAAUUCGAAGGAGCGGCGUCACUCACUGUUUCUCUCUCUCUCGCGUUGAGUCUGAAUAAACGGAAGAUCUGGAGAUUGAAGGACAAUGGCGUUCGCGAAGGCACCACGACUAGGUAAAGAUGACACCCUUGGGAACCGAGUAUGGACCAGGAGUUUCAAAGUGUAUUCCGAUACACAGAAGACUGAUCCAGCUUGUAAAGUAGGUGCUGCACACAAGACUCGUGUCCCUUUGAGGAGAAAAUCUGUGACAAUUAGCAGUGGAGCAACUUCUAACACAAACAAUAUGAAGAAGGGAACUUCAAGAGUCACGGGCCAGAACAAAAGCAGUAAUGAAAAUUCUGAGAAAUAUACUAAGGUCACAAGAAAGGCAUUGGCUGAUUUGAGUAAUCUUGGUGGGAACACUUUAAGGCCAGCGCUUUCUGGCAGCAGUACCAUGAAAUGGAAGGGUGUAAAAUGUGAAAAUCCGCAAAGAAAAUUACCAUCUCUAAAAAGAACAAGCCUCACAGACAAGAACACAAAGAAGGACAAUGUCUCAAGCUUAGAUUCAAAACAACUGGGUCAGGGUCCAGCUAGUAAAGUCAGCAACAAAGUCCUCCCGCAGAUAAGCAGUGCCAGAAGCUUUACCUCGAAAACUCGGACAAGUAUCGGCUCUAUACCCUCGGACCGCACCAACCAGAGUAAGAAUAACGUUCGUAUCGCAAGGAAAUCUAUCAAGAUCCAGACAUCUGUGAAGACCUCGCUGCAAAACCGUAGUCCUCUUAAGAAGCCCCCGGUCGGUAGAAGUAAAUCACAAUCUAUUCUUUCAGUCCCUUCUCCUGUAGAAGCUGCAUCGGAACUGUCAAUUCCGGAACAGGUUGAAACAGAAGGUCUCAAAGAAGAUACUCACGGAGAGAGUUCAUCUGAUGUAAAAACAGACUCAGCUACGAAAGUGUUGGAUGUUACAGCGAGACCAAAAUCAAAACGUAGAAAGUCUUUCACAUCUCUACUAGUGACUGGAUCGAAGAAAAAUGAUGAGACUGCACAGCAAGAAAAACUUCCAAACAUUGAUGAUGAAUCCAAUCAGCUAGAAGUUGCAGAAUACGUGGACGACAUAUAUCAGUUCUAUUGGACUGCUGAGGCUUUAAAUCCAGCUUUGGGAUACUACUUGUCAACUCAGACAAAAGUUAGUCCUGUUACGCGUGGAAUUUUGAUAAAUUGGCUUAUCGAAGUUCAUUCCAAAUUUGAUCUGAUGCAUGAGACUCUCUACCUCACAAUGAAUUUAUUGGAUCGCUACCUCUCCCAAGUUCCAGUACAAAAAAAUGAGAUGCAAUUGAUUGGUCUUACUGCGCUAUUACUAGCAUCUAAAUACGAGGACUAUUGGCAUCCUAGGAUCAAAGACUUGAUUAGCAUCUCCGCAGAAACUUACACAAGAGAACAAAUCCUGGGAAUGGAGAGGAUUAUGCUCAAACAGUUAAAGUUCCGUUUGAAUGAAGCGACCCCUUACGUUUUCAUGUUGAGGUUCCUAAAAGCUGCUCAAUCAAACAAGAAGCUUCAACAACUCUCCUUCUACCUAAUAGAGCUGUGCUUGGUUGAGUAUGAAGCCUUGAAGUUCAAGCCUUCGUUGCUCUGCGCAUCAGCCAUCUAUGUAGCCCGCUGCACUUUACAUAUGACACCAGUAUGGACCGCGCUUCUAAACAGCCAUACCCACUACAAUGUCUCCCAAAUGAAGGAUUGUUCUGACAUGAUCCUAAAGUUCCAUAAAGCUGCGAAGACAGGAAAACUGAGGGUCACUUAUGACAAGUACAUGAAAUCAGAACUAAGUAACGUCGCAGUCUUGAAACCCUUGGACAAGCUUCCUCUCUAAACCAAUCUAAAGGGAGAUACAUAGGCUCUAGCCAGAUUUCAAAACAAAACUCAGGCUAAUGGUGAUUCUUGAUUAGGUGUAUGUUGUUUUGCUGUGUGCUUCUAUUAUUUCAAAUGAUCACAAAGACAAAACUCCAAUGUAGUGACAAAGUUGUAUAAAGCUUCUGCAAUGACAUUACAUUUUUAUGUUUC